AUGGGUAUCAAGGAGAUUCGCACUGCUUUGAAAGUAGAUCUUAACAAACAUGCUCGCGAGCAACCUGGUUUACAUAACCGAUGGCACCCAGACAUCCCGGCCUGCGCAAAGAUUGCCAACAAUGAAGUCGUCAAGAUCGAGUGCUUGGACUGGACGGGUGGACAGAUCGGAAACAACGAUUCCGCUGAAGAUGUUCGAACUGUCGACUUGACGGAAAUCCACUACCUGUCUGGUCCCUUCGACAUUGACACAGCCGAGCCGGGGGACGUCCUGUGCGUGGAGAUUCAGGAUGUUCAGCCAUUCCAGGAUCAACCGUGGGGUUUUACUGGAGUAUUUGCCAAAGAGAAUGGAGGCGGGUUCUUGGAUGAGAUUUACCCUAAAGCUGCAAAAGCAAUCUGGGACUUCGAGGGCAUCUUCUGUUCCAGCCGGCAUAUUCCCGGAGUCCGCUUUGCGGGGUUGAUCCAUCCUGGAAUUCUAGGAUGCGCGCCGUCAGCGGACGUCUUGGCUGAAUGGAAUCGACGCGAAGGGGAGCUCAUCGCAGCUAAUACUGUCGCUGGCCGAGUCGUCGCGCAACCCCCGCAGCCUAUAAACGCCCAUGCGGGAAGUGCAGCUGAAGAGAUCAAGGACCGAGUGGCAAAAGAAGGGGCUAGAACAAUUCCAGGGCGUCCCGAGCAUGGUGGUAACUGUGACAUCAAAAACCUCUCUCGCGGUUCCAAGGUUUAUCUACCUGUUCAUGUCCCUGGGGCCAAAUUCUCUGUUGGUGAUCUACACUUCUCGCAGGGAGAUGGGGAGAUUUCUUUCUGUGGCGCCAUUGAGAUGGCCGGGGUUAUCACGCUCAAGUUCACUGUCAUCAAGAACGGUAUGGCAAAGAUGGAUAUGAAGUCGCCCAUCUUCCUGCCGGGUCCAGUGGAGCCGCAAUUUGGACCUGGACGCUUUCUUACAUUCGAGGGAUUCUCAGUGGAUGAACACGGUAAGCAACACUACUUGGAUGCCACAGUGGCGUAUAGACAGACCUGUCUGCGUGUGAUCGAAUAUCUCAGACGCUAUGGCUAUUCGGACUAUCAGAUCUAUCUUCUCCUCUCCUGUGCUCCAGUGCAGGGGCAUAUUGCAGGGAUUGUGGAUAUUCCGAACGCAUGCACAACCCUCGGGGUGCCCAUGGAUAUCUUCGAUUUUGACAUCAGACCUGAAGCUGAAGUUGUGAAGAGAGAUCUGGGAAGCUGUGCUUUUGCAAACGAGUAA